AGUUCUACGGGAAUGAAUGAAACUGUGACACAGUUGGAAUCAAAUCACAAACAGCAACUUGAAACUGUUAAGGAGUUUCAUAAGCAAGAGUUUGAAGAACUUCAACAAAGCUGGGAGAAAAGGAUGAAUCGGCAGAUUGAAGAAUUGCAGGAAAAGCACGAGACUGCAUUUCAAGAAAAGCAAGAAGAAUUGAGAGAGUUAAAACAGAACCUUGAAGCUUCCAAUAAUGAAAGUGCUGAGCUAGCCAUGAAAGUAACUGAACUUACCAAGGAGGUUGCUUUAGGAGCAGAUAAAAAACAGCAACUUGAAGAGGAAUUGAAGGAAGCAUUGGUUCAAGUUGACACUUUGAUAAAAAGUGAAACAGAACUUAAAGCUACAUUACAGGCUUUUGAAGAUGCUAACAGACAAAAGCUGUUGGAAAAAACAGAAUUAGAAAACUGUCUAAAUGAACUGAAGAAAGCAGAUGAGCAGAAUCAGGCUAAGAUUCAGGAGCUUAGCAAUUUGUUGAAGAAAACUGAGGAUAACUUCCAUGCAUUAGAAAAUAUGCGUUGCAAAGAGACUGAGGAGUAUCAGAAACAACUUCAAGAAAAAUCUGUUGAACUUGGGAAUGAAAGCAAAAUCAGGAGCCAAGUAGAGCAGUUAAUUAAUAAUUUUCAUGAAGCAAAUAUGAAAGUCGAGCUGCAAACCAAUGACUUUAAUCUGAAGUGCACUGAAAAAAUGGAUAUCCUUCAUGAACGUGUUAAAAUUUACCAAAGUCAAAUUGAGAAGGUACAAAAGGCACUACUCAAAAGAAUCAGUAGGGUUGGUGAACUAGAAGUUAAACUGGAUGAGUUAGUAAAGCAAAAUGUCUUAUUGAAUGAUUCAUUGCUGCAUACAACACAACAAUUGCAAAAUGAGCAACAAAACUUGAAGGCAUUGCAAUCUGAACUCCAAACCAUUACUGCACAGCAUAGCACACUCCAGCAAGAAAGUAAGCAAAAUAGUCAAGAAUUGACUGAGAAAGAAGCUUGCAUUGAACAGUAUAAGAAAGAAUUGUCUGAAAGUACAUUAGCUUGCAAAUCCACUACAGAACAGCUAAAGGAAAAAGAAAUAGCAAUCUCAAGCUUGGAGGAACAAAUACGUGAUCUGAAGUUGGAGCUUGAGCACAGUAUUUCCCUUUCAGAUAAGGAAGAAGCUGUUUCAUUACUUGACAAACAAUACAAAGUGGAACAACAAAAGCUGCUGGACCAAAUUGAUCAACUAUCUGCAAAUGUUGAAACUGUUUCUCAAGAAAAAGAUUCAGCCCUUGAACAGGCAAGCCAGCACAAAAACAAGUUAACAGAAUGGAAGAAAAAGAUGGAAUCAAAAUUAGUGCAGCAUAACAACAAAAUGAAAGAGCUUGAGUCAAAAUAUGAGACAUCUGUUAAACAGAAUAAGGAGAAGGAUGACCAAAUAUCAACAUUGACAGCAGAGGUGGAAAAACUGACCACCAACCUACAAAGUAUUACAAUUGAAGUUGAAUAUAUGGCAAAG